UAUUAAUCGAAUAUAAAAGAAUGCCUAUCUAUCCAACAGCACCUCUUACAAGUUCUAUUCCAGCUCCAGUCAGCGUAGUUUAACCAGUAAGCUAUGCCCAACCUGUGACUUAUGCUCAACCUGUGACUUAUGCUCAACCAGUCUAAUACGUUCCCCAACCUGUUUAAUAUGUGCCCCAACCCGUUGUUCAAUAACCAGUUAUUGCUCAACCAAUCCUCACCCAAUCAGUUGUAGCUGCCCCAUAACAAGCCCCAAUCAAAGGAGAAUCUAGAGUUGAAUACAGAGAAUAUCAAAGACCUGUUGUCGAAAUGGAAACAGAAACUAUUUAAGUUUAAGUACCAAAAACCAAAUAUGUGACUGAUUACUAUCCAGUUGAAUACUAAACUGAGUACAUCCCUAGAACAGUUUAUGAGUAGUAAACUGAAUACGUACCAGUCACUAAAACAGUACCUAGAGUUGAAUAUGAUGCUGUUGAGAGAGAAGUAUAAAGAGUGGUAAUCUCAAUCAAUAAACUAUCUUAGUAAUAUCAACCAGUCUAAACCGUCCCUGUUUAACCAGUUGUUUAAUCCUACGUUCAACCAGUCCAACCACUCACUUAUUCAGUUGCUAGACCAAUCGCCUAAGCUCCAGUCUAUGCUCAACCAGUUGUUGCUCCAGCACUCACUUAUUCAGGUGUUAGACCAGCUUAUGCCCCAGUAUUAGCUAUAUGUUAUCCCCUUUUUAGGUCUAUCCAAGUUAUCCUCAAGUUGGUGCUAGACCAUAAUAACCAUAAUAACCAGUGGCUUCAAACAAACCAUAAUGAAAAUGAAAUAUUAUAUCAUAAGCAUUUGUACAGAAUAAUAAAC